UCCAGUGUCGACUGCACCAUGGACGUUAACACAGUCCCUGUUGCAUCCGUAUCGUCUUCCGAGACUCGCAUUCCAUCCCUGACUACGACAGAAAAUGAGGAGAAAAGACUGAAAGCAGAGCCAGGAGUCAGGAUUCAGAGGCAGGUCAAUGAUAGGCCAGAUAGUGAUGAGCUCGAUGCUGCAGCUUCAACGGGACAGAUGGCUUCUGAAAACUCCAGUGCAGAGAGUCGAGGAAGUUGUGCUGAGGAAUUCAGCUCCCCUCGUCCCCGUGUGCUUACCAGAACAAGAAAGCUAAACCUACUAAAACGUGAACCAGUGCAGAAAGAAAGGGAAACACACGGAGAACAGGAAGAAACAGAACAUAAGAAAGUUGCAGAGCUUGAAAAUGAAAGCAAAAAGGUAUGCGACGGUGACGGGGGUGUGGGACUGAAGAAGGAGUUAGGACUGGUGGACUGUGUUGGACUCAUCGUUGGUAAUAUCAUCGGUACCGGCAUCUUUGUGUCACCCAGGGCGGUGCUGCACUACACCGGUAGUGUGGGCAUGUCACUAUCUGUGUGGGUAGCAUCAGGUGUUGUCGCCAUGUUCGGAGCCCUCUGCUUCGCCGAGCUGGUUUUGCUGACCUGGGUCAACUCGAGGAGGGUCAAGUGGGCCACGUCCGUACAAGAUAUGCUGGCUCUGACCAAAGUCUUGGCUCUUAUCAUGAUCAUCGGGAUUGGCAUCAACCGCUUGGCGUGGGGAGGCACUCACAACUAUGAUGACCCCAUGGAAGGCACCAACUGGAAUCCAGUGUUUAUCGCCACUGCUUUUUACCACACUCUCUUCGCCUAUGAUGGCUGGGACAGCCUCAAUAUGGUCAGGGAGGAACUUAAGGACCCAGUUAGGAACAUGCCGAGAGCCAUUGCCAUCUCCCUCAGCAGCGUCAUAGUAAUCUACAUCCUCACCAAUGUUGCCUACUUCGCUAUCCUCACACCUGAGCAGAUACUCACCUCUACAGCAGUGGCUGUGACUUUUGGCAACCUGACUCUGGGUGUGAUGGCAUGGAUGAUUCCCAUCUUCGUGGCUUGUUCUACUGGUGGGGCCCUCAACGGCAGUGUCUUCUCCAGCGCCAGGCUGCUCUUCGUCAGCUCGAGGCGUGGCCAGCUACCCAAGGUGUUCUCAUACGUCCACGCUCAAAACUGCACACCCAUCCCCGCCCUCGUCUUUAUUACUUGCCUCUCCAUGGUGAUGUUUGUGACUUCAGACGUGAGGACUCUCAUCAACUACCUCGCCUUCUCCUCGAACUUGCUCGGACUCACCUGCAUCGGAUCUUUCUUUUGGUUCCGUUUCAAGCAACCAGAGCGUGACAGACCCAUCAAGGUGUGGAUCAUCUUCCCAAUCGUAUACUUCAUCAUCUCUGUGUUCCUGACGGUGUUCCCGGUGAUCCGCCAGCCGCUGGAGGUGCUGGCGGCCCUGGUGGCCAUCGGCACAGGACUCCCAGUCUACUACUUGACAAUCCACCGUAAGGAAAAGCCGCAGAAGCUGCGCAAGGCUAUGGACAAAGUGACGUACCUGUGCCAAAUGUUGUUCCUGUCAGUCCCUGAGGAAAAGACAGGCUGAGGACAGGCAAACAACUAAAGAGACGGUGAACGUUAAACAACCAUUCCCGUACAUAAACGCCGAGUUAAAGCACAUAUAUAUAUAUGUCGUGCCGAUUAGGUAAAAUUUGUCAAUUAGCAAGAACUCACUUAAAAUUAAUUCCUUUCUAAAAUUUUCUCUUAUACGCUUAAAGAUAUAUAUUAUUGAUUUAUGUUAAUAUAAUAAUUAAUAAUUUUGUACCAAAAGAUAUUUGGAAAA